AUUCUGUGGCUUCUAAAAAAAGCCCUGUAUAUUUGAAGUAUUGCGUCACGUGACCAGGGCUGUAUUUAUGAAUCAAAGAGUUUAGUGCUUUCUGAGAGAAAGACAGAAGAAAAAAAACAAAGAGAGAGAGCAACAACAGGGGGACGCUUUUCUGUUCGCAAAACUACAAUGGCUGUAAAGAAGACAUGCAUGUCAGAGAAAGUUUGAUUGAAAGAGGGAGGGCAAGAAUGCCAGAGAGCGAAUGAGGAGGUAGAGUGAGUGGUGGUUGAGGGGGGAGCGAAAGAGAAAAGGCGGAAUGCAACAGGCUUCUUUAUUCGCACAGAGAGACACAUCUGACUUAUACAAGUCAACGAGCUGCUCUCGUAUGCUCAGUUCAAGCUUUCCCUCCAGACCUUCACUCACCAUAACAGGCAUCUAUUGGAUUACUGUGCAUCAGUUCUGGAUCACUUGCUGAGAUCACCUUCCAUUCAGAUCAGUGCUGCGCAAAUGUUUACAAUGGAUUUUCGAUUAUUGCACUCAGCUUAUUAAGAGAAAUCUUUUUAUAAAAAGCGUCAAAGUUAAAAGAAGUGGUAAUUUACCAUCUAGGACCUUAGGACCAUAGGACAAUCUUUGGGCACUGGAGGACCGCCAUCAUCACAAUGGCAACCAAUAGGGAGAGGCCUAUGAGUCAUAUGACAGGGUUCUACCCCUUUGCCUUCAGUUCAAUGCGAAACCACUCCCCCUUUGAUCUUCUGGCCAAUGGCAGCCUAUUUGGACGAUUUGGAGCAGACCUACCCAAAGAGAUGGCAGCUCUGUCGGUGGAGACCCAGAGCACAAGCUCAGAGGAGAUGGUUCCCAGUUCUCCUUCUCCACCCCCCCCUCCUCGUGUCUAUAAACCCUGCUUUGUGUGCCAGGACAAAUCUUCUGGCUACCAUUAUGGAGUCAGCUCUUGUGAGGGCUGCAAGGGUUUUUUCCGUCGCAGUGUCCAGAAGAACAUGGUGUACACCUGCCACAGAGACAAAAACUGCCAGAUCAAUAAGGUGACACGGAACCGCUGUCAGUACUGCCGGCUGCAGAAGUGCUUUGAGGUUGGCAUGUCUAAGGAAGGUAAAAAUCAGAGCACGGUUCGGAAUGACAGGAAUAAGAAAAAGAAGGACAUCAAAGAGGAGGUGGUUCUUCCAGAAAGCUACGAGCUGAGUGGAGAACUGGAAGAACUGGUUAAUAAAAUCAGCAAAGCACACAAGGAAACCUUCCCUUCGCUCUGUCAGCUCGGAAAGUACACGACUAAUUCCAGUGCGGAUCAUAGGGUUCAGCUGGAUCUUGGACUGUGGGAUAAGUUCAGUGAGCUCUCCACAAAGUGCAUUAUAAAGAUUGUGGAGUUUGCCAAACGUCUGCCAGGUUUUACUUCACUCACCAUCGCAGACCAGAUCACCUUACUGAAAUCUGCCUGCCUUGACAUACUGAUGUUGCGGAUUUGUACUCGCUACACACCAGAACAGGACACUAUGACCUUUUCGGAUGGACUGACCCUCAACAGAACACAGAUGCACAACGCUGGCUUCGGUCCACUCACAGACCUGGUGUUUGCUUUCGCUGGGCAGCUCCUGCCUCUGGAGAUGGACGACACAGAGACAGGGCUCCUUAGUGCCAUCUGCCUCAUCUGUGGAGACCGCAUGGACCUGGAGGAACCUCAUCGGGUGGACCAGCUACAGGAGCCCCUGCUAGAGGCGUUAAAGAUCUACGCUCGCCGGCGACGCCCGAACAAGCCUCACAUGUUCCCACGAAUGUUAAUGAAGGUGACUGACCUCCGAGGCAUCAGCACUAAAGGAGCAGAGCGAGCCAUCACUCUAAAGAUGGAGAUCCCAGGUCCCAUGCCUCCUCUGAUCAGAGAGAUGCUGGAGAAUCCUGAGGUCUUCGAGGAGAGCUCUGAUUCUAAAGACACUGGUGCUUCUGCCCCACCGCCUCCUGCCAUCCAAGCCAUCAAACGUGAGAGGGAUGAGGAAUCUGCUCUGGAGGAUGAAGAGGACGAGGACGAUGAGUGUGCGGAGGAGGGACGGGACCGAGCAGGGGACAGCGAGGAUGAGGAAUGGGGACUCCUGCAAGUGGACAUGGGUGGAGCUAGAAAGAGUGCGACUGGAAGAGCACAGUGACCGCCAUGUAUGCGGGUCUGAUACAUACAGAUAACAGCGGACAACAUUUAUAUUCCAGACACCUGAUCAGUUGAUACAAACAAAGUCAUUCAGUCAAGCAAUUUUCCAUAAUGAAAAAAAAAGCUUCAUAUGACAAAAAACAAACAAAACAUGCAAAACUUUGCACAUCUAGUUUUCCUCAACUUUUCAAAAACAGUAAAAAAACUAACAAUAAAAAGAGAAAACCUUAAGAACAUGCCAACACUGUUACUUCAGACAGUGUUUCUCUAACUAAAAAGAGAGAAAUUAAAAAUAAUGCAAGACCAGAGAAAGAUACGCCACAGUGCCAUAUCUGGAAGUUGCUUGUAUGCAUAUUUUGUACUUCAUUUGGAGAUGCCAAAUAUUCUAGAAUGCACCCCAAAGCCUUGUUCUGUAGGG